AUGAAGGGCAUAUCAUCGUUGAUUAACAGAAAUCAAGAUAAGAGCGACUCAAAUGUAGAUGAGAUCGAUAGAGGCAUGAAGACUACUGAGUUUAACUCGAUAGAGAUGGAGGAGAUAGGUAAGAAAACUGAUUUUGAUCUUUCCCAUGUUGAGUACGGUCCUGGUUCACUAACACCAAACGAUAACGAAGAAGCCCCAGAUCUUCUUGAUGAAGCUAUGCAGGAUGCCAAGGAGGCAGACGAAAGUGAGAGGGGGAUGUCGCUCAUGACAGCUUUGAAGACAUAUCCCAAGGCAGCUGCUUGGUCGCUAUUGGUCUCUACAACACUGAUCCAAGAAGGUUAUGAUACGGCCAUCCUCGGAUCUUUCUACGCUCUACCUAUUUUCCAAAAGAAGUAUGGUUCUCUCAAUAGCAAGACAGGAGAAUAUGAAAUUUCUGUAUCUUGGCAGAUUGGUUUAUGUUUGUGUUACAUGGCAGGUGAGAUUGUGGGUUUGCAAAUGACUGGACCUUUAGUGGAUCACGUGGGUAAUCGUUACACGCUGAUUUUAGCGUUGUUCUUUUUAGCCGCCUUCAUUUUCAUUCUAUAUUUUUGCAAAAGUUUGGGUAUGAUUGCCACAGGUCAGGCAUUGUGUGGCAUACCAUGGGGAUGUUUUCAAUGUUUGACCGUUUCUUAUGCUUCUGAAAUCUGCCCUUUGGCCCUAAGAUACUACCUGACAACUUACUCGAACCUAUGCUGGACUUUCGGCCAAUUGUUUGCUGCCGGUAUUAUGAAAAACUCACAAAACAAAUAUGCCGACUCAGAAUUGGGAUAUAGGCUACCCUUUGCUUUACAAUGGAUCUGGCCUCUUCCCCUAGCAAUAGGGAUUUUUUUCGCACCUGAAUCGCCAUGGUGGCUGAUCAAAAAAGGAAGAGUUGAACAGGCGAAGAGAUCGCUUGAAAGGACAUUAAGCGGUAAGGGACCUGAGAAGGAGUUGCUGGUUACUAUGGAGCUAGAUAAAAUCAGAACGACUAUAGAAAAAGAGCAAAAAAUGUCAGAUGAGGGAACCUACUGGGACUGUGUAAAGGACGGUAUCAAUCGGAGAAGAACGAGAAUUUCCUGCCUGUGUUGGAUCGGUCAAACUUCUUGUGGUGCAUCACUAAUCGGUUAUUCAACUUAUUUUUAUGAAAAAGCUGGUGUUAGCACGGACACAGCUUUCACUUUUAGUAUUAUCCAAUAUUGUCUUGGUAUUGCUGCAACAUUUCUAUCGUGGUGGGGUUCAAAGUAUUUGGGCAGGUUUGAUCUUUACACCCUUGGACUGGCAUUUCAGGCCAUUAUGUUUUUUAUUAUCGGCGGUUUGGGAUGCUCAGAUACACACGGUGCCAAAAUGGGAAGUGGUGCACUUCUAAUGAUAGUCGCGUUCUUUUACAACCUUGGUAUAGCCCCUGUCGUUUUUUGCUUAGUUUCCGAAAUACCGUCUUCAAGGUUAAGAACCAAAACAAUUAUUCUGGCUCGUAAUGCUUAUAAUGUGAUAAGUAUUGUAGUUACAGUUUUGAUCAUGUACCAAUUGAACUCAGAGAAAUGGAACUGGGGUGCCAAGUCAGGCUUUUUCUGGGGGUCAUUCUGUUUGGUCACUUUAGCUUGGGCUGUUGUCGAUCUACCCGAAACUGCCGGUAGAACCUUUAUGGAAAUAAAUGAACUAUUUAGACUUGGUGUUCCAGCAAGAAGGUUCAGGUCAACUAAAGUGGACCCAUUCGCAGCUGCCAAAGCGGCAGCUGAGGGGAUUAGUCCUGAAGAUCUUGAGGAAGGUAUUGAAACUUUUAUUGUGGAUGAAGGACAAAGUUCGCCAUCUACUAUGAAUAAAUGA